AUGCAAGCCGUUGUAGACCACCGCAUGCGAUUUAUGUCGUACUCGCUGCGUUCGGGAAGCCAGAACGACAAAGCCAUGUUCAACGAAUCGUUAUUUGGGCAAACGUGUCACACCAGAGAUCCCCCCGGAAGCUGUUUUCUUGGUGACGCUGGCUACAAGCUUUUCACGCACGUAAUGACCCCGUAUUCGAUCGUCUCGAGCAUGGCUUCAGACGAAGCCAACUAUAACUGGAUCCACAGUCGCAGCCGCAUGGUUGUUGAGCGCGCCUUUGGCCGGUGGAAAAACAAAUUUCGCAUUUUCAAGCACGAAUUGUUGCACCACUGCCCCCGCGACAUGGCAAGAUUGAUUGAAGUUACGUUGGUCUUGCAUAAUUGGUACAUUGACUACGACAACGAGGCUGUGGCUCCAACACAGCCUGAGACAUACCCCGGGUGGAUGCAUAUCGGCGGUGACAUUGUAGAUGAUGACGAGUUAUUCCAAGUAGAUGGUGCUGCAGCGUAG